AUGUUUGUAAAUCCGAUCGCUUUUCUUUCGUGUUAUAAUGCAACCGCAUACCUAAUCGAGGCACUUUUACUGAGCACAUGUCUUGCGAACUGUGGUAUCACUUCAAUAAAAGAUGGAGCGAUUCCUGCCGACGAGGAUUGGAUCCGUCCGGAAACGACGAUUCCUCAGGGGACACUUCGAGGUAUAAAUAUGGUCACCCAUCUCGGUAGAAGAUUCUUCGGCUUCAAGGGAAUCCCGUUUGCUGAGCCGCCGAUCGGAGAUCUGAGGUUCAAGCAAGCUGUUCCAGCUGGUCCUUGGAAUGGGAUUCUAGACGCUGGCAAUAAUCCUAACGCGUGUAUUCAGCGCGAGGAUGAACUCAUUGGGGAUGAAGACUGCCUUUAUCUCAAUGUUUAUACGCCACAGAUUCCCAAGAGCGAAAACUCCACGUUGCUACCAGUGAUGGUUUUUAUUUAUGGCGGACAAUUCAGAUUCGGAGUGAGUAAUCCUGAGAGAUGGGGUCCACAAUUCAUCCUCAAUAAGGACGUAGUGCUACUAGUUCCAAACUAUCGGUUCGGUAUACUAGGAUUUCUAACUACCGGUGACGAAGUGUCACCCGGAAACAAUCACCUCAAAGACAUAGUUCAGGCUUUGAAAUGGGCCCAAGAAAACAUCAAGUAUUUUGGUGGUGAUCCCGAUCAAGUUACAAUUUUCGGUGGAAGUGCAGGCGCCAUCGCUGUUCAUUAUUUAACAUUGUCUCCUUUGACGGAAGGACUCUUUCACAGGUACAUGACACACAGUGGAUCGGCACUCAGCCCAACAGCUCCAGAACCGUGGUCAGUGGCUGCUGCACGUGUCACUAAAUUAGGCGAAUACCUUGGUUGUCCGAUCGACACGUCAACCGCCCUUGUCAAUUGCCUGAGGAGUUUCAAUGGAUCGUAUCUGUACGAUACCGAAAUAGUACUGAGGGAAAUGAAGUUAUUCGAUCUCUUCAGCUGGGUUCCAGUAGUCGAGCCUGAUGUAGAAGGAGCAAUGCUCACGGAUACUCCAGCGAAUCUUAUUGCCGCCGGCAAAAAGCGUGUUAUACCUUGGGUGCUGCUCGUAACUCGGGAUGAAGGAAUUGUCCUUACUGCAGUGUACUUCGACAGACCAGAUUUAUUCCAGGAAACUUUGAACAACAUUGACUCUUUAUUGCUGAGCCUACUCAAGUAUGACACCUGGGCAGCUGAUGUCGCAGCCCACACUUCUGCUCUUAAGUCGUUCUAUAACUUAACCGAUCCAACUGCUGACAGAAAAUUACUAUUGAAGAGCUUAACACUACUCUUAACUGACGCUUUCAUUAUUUAUCCCGUCUACAAAGAAGUUCAACAGCAUCUACCAUUCGUUACGCACAAGAGUCCGGUGUAUCUAUGCUCUUUUAACUAUAGGGGCACUUUCAGCUAUAGCUAUAAGUUUAGUGGAGGAAACACAGAGGAUUGGGGUGCAUCUCAUGGUGAUGAACUGAUUUACCUUCUCCCUGGACCGAAGACAGUUUUUGGCCCUCCAGGCUAUGAAUACAGCCAAACUGACUUGAGAAUGGUUGAUACAAUGGUACAAUUAUGGACAUCGUUCGCUACCAAUGGAAUUCCUGCAUCUACGAGUGACAGCGUGAUUUGGGAACCAUACUCAUCUCUUGAAAAUUAUCUUCAAAUUGGAAAUGGACCUGACAGCAGACUUGAGGUUAAAAACGGUUUUCAUACAAAGCGAAUGCAGUUUUGGGAAAGGUUCCAUGCUGCUACGUUGUAAAUGUAGCUUCCACAGCUGAUGCAUCCAUUUAUACAUUCUUGCAUCCUGUUGAACCUAUUGAAUGGUAUAAUCGCUUCGUGUCAAUGGAUCUGGUGCUAAAAGUUAUUUCAAAGAUACUCAGAUGCGAUUGAUAUUCACACGUAAACAUAAAGUAAUAGCGCACCUUGCACACCUUAUACUUGUAUGCCAAAUUCAACUGACAUUAAUAAUUCUGUUUUCUACUUGCUACAUCUAUGUAUAAAAAACAUUCACCGAAGUUAUAAAAAGUAUCUUACUGACGCUGUAUUACUCAAUAUAUAUUUAUAAUACGAUUAAAAUAAUAUUGAACCACUGUAGCGUGAACUGCGUCGCACUCAUGCAGAAUUUACGAAAUGCAACAAUGAGGUAAAAAUACAAUAGUAGCUACGGUAGAAGUUGAGAACAAUAGAGGAGGAAAUCUAAAGUGCCCUCAAUUUGUUGUAAGACAACGAACUGAAUCUGCUGUCAGAUUUCAACCAAUAUCAUAAUUACGAGGUCCGUAAGCAUUCCAGAAAAUAUGCAUUGCAAUUUUCGAAGAGACUAUGAAUUGAUAGACCCUUCCUUGGGAAUGACGGAGUAGUGGCCUCAUGUAAGCUACAUUCACAAAUCAAUUGCGAGUUGACCACAUUUAUACAUAGCGUGUUUCAAUUAUCGUCGGCUUCGACCAAAAUUCAGCCCACAGUUUUACUGAAGCCGAGGUUUUCUAUGAGGCGCCGAAAACGAACGAAUUUUUAAAAAACGCGCACAAGUGCGUGCCGAGUUAGGUACUGUCAUCUUAUUCCAUUUGAAUAAAAAAAUAAAUAUGUAAAUUUUACUAA